UAUCUAAAAAAAUCAUAUGUCAUUUGAUUGUUUAUUGUCAUCGGGAAGAAGAAGAUAAUUAUGUGACAAGUCGUGUACUUUGAUAUUAUCAAAAACCGUAUAAUUAAUUUGUUAUAAAUGAACAUAAAGUAAAGUUAGAAUGAGUGUGUUCUCGAAAGUAAAGGACUUUUUUGUGAGAAACAAAAACAAAUUCAUAUUAGGGGGAGUUGUUACAAUCGGCUCUUUGUAUUUUCUUAAAUAUGCACAACAAAGGCUUAAGCAAUGGCAAGAAAAGGAAGCAUUGGAAUUUCUGGAACGCAACAGAAAACAGAAUCAUUUUGAGAGCAUAGAUAGAACAUGCAAUCAAACAAUAUUAAACCUGUCGACCACAUUAAUUGAUGUUAUUUUCAAGAAAGUCAACACUGAUGAUGUUGUAGAAGCACUGAAGUCUAAUCCAGAGAACAAGUUGGAACUGUGGAACACUCUUAAAGUGUUGGUUUUUGUUAAACUUGCUUGUAUUAUUUAUUCUCUUGUUAUAUUGGUGGUGACUCUAAGGAUACAACUUAAUAUUGUUGGAGGAUAUUUAUAUAGAGAGCCUAAUUCUAUUACAACAGAAAUACAGGAAAAAUAUUUGUCACUUUGUCAGACCUUUUUGAACAACACUAUUAAUACUUUGGUAGAUUUAGUUGAAAAAGAGGUUUCAAAAAUUUUGAAAACAUUUGAACUAAACAAGCAAUUGAAACUGAGCGACCUGGAAGGAAUAUUUUGGACAAUACAAACUUCAAUAGCAGCACAUGAACAAAAUCCAAUUGACAAAUUACUAGAGUACAUAAUUCCAGGUGAAAUUCCAAGGGCAUCUGACUUAUACAGCAAUUUAAUAUCUGACACGGCUGAUUUACUGGACUCUGAUGAAGUGAAAUCAAUAUCAACACAUUGUUUGAACAGAGGCUUUGUGCUUUUGGGUGACCAGAUGUCAGAGUUUUAUCUUGGAAAUGAUCCUAAAAUUAAAGAUGUUACUAACAUUGAUCCAAACACUCAAUUUCAAAAUCCUUUUGAUGCCAAAAAGCCUUUGGCAAAACUUUUGCCUAUUUUGAAUGGACUUUUAUUGAAACAGUCCUUUCCACAUAAUUUAGUGCAACAGUUGUUGUCCAAUGAAAAACUUAAAGUAUUAGGAGCUAAUGUCUAUGAGAGUUUAUUGUAAGACUUAUUUUUAUAUGUACAUGUAAAUACAUCUUUUAAAAU